ACUGGUUGGAGCCAUGAGGGUGAUACUACUGGCUGUGGUUUACAUCCCAUUCACUGUGGCCAUGGAACGAAUCCCUCUCAUUCGAUUCAAAUCUAUCAAGAAACAGCUGAAGGAAAAGGGAGAAUUAGAGGAAUUCUGGAGGGAUCACCACCCUGAUGUUUUUGCACGGAGGUAUCUGCAUUGCUUCCCUGCAGAUAUUGCUUUAUCAGUAGGAACAGCUUCAGAAAGGCUGUAUGAUUACAUGAAUGCACAGUACUAUGGAGUUGUGAGUGUUGGCACCCCCCCGCAGAGGUUCACCGUUGUGUUUGACACUGGCUCCUCCAAUUUUUGGGUCCCUUCUGCAUAUUGCAUCAGCGAAGCAUGCCGAGUGCACCAGAAAUUUAAGUCCUUCCUGUCGGAUUCGUAUGAGCAUGGAGGGGAAGCUUUCUCCUUGCAGUAUGGCUCAGGACAUCUUCUGGGCAUUGCUGGCAAAGACACCUUGCAGAUAAGUAACAUCUCCAUCAAGGGACAGGACUUUGGAGAGUCAGUGUUUGAGCCUGGACUAACCUUUGCCCUUGCCCACUUUGAUGGCGUGCUGGGUUUGGGCUACCCCUCCUUAGCAGUGGGAAAUGCUCUGCCUGUGUUUGACAGCAUCAUGAACCAGCAGCUCGUAGAGGAGCCAGUCUUCUCUUUCUAUCUGAAAAGAGGAGAUGACACGGACAAUGGUGGUGAGUUGAUUCUGGGGGGCAUAGACCAUUCCCGCUACAAAGGUUCAAUCCACUGGGUUCCAGUCACUGACAAAAGCUACUGGCAAAUACACCUGAACAACAUAAAGAUCCAGGGCCAGGUGGCAUUUUGCUCCCAUGGCUGCGAAGCCAUCGUUGACUCAGGCACUUCUCUUAUCACUGGCCCCUCUUUGCAAAUCAGGCGAUUACAGGAGUAUAUUGGGGCAAGCCCAUCACAUACUGGAGAGUUUCUUGUAGACUGCAGAAGACUGUCCAGCUUGCCUCACAUAAGCUUCACGAUUGGACACCAUGAGUACAGGCUGACAGCAGAGCAAUACAUCCUCAAGGAGUCGAUUGAAGACCAAACCUUCUGCAUGAGUGGCUUUCAGGCUCUCGACAUCCCCACUCGCUCUGGCCCCCUCUGGAUUUUGGGAGAUGUCUUUAUGUCUGCGUUUUACUGCAUUUUUGACCGUGGGAAUGACAGAGUGGGGUUUGCAAAAGCUGUUCAUAGGAAGGAUUACCACUGAGUCGUACUAGCAUUUAUGCUGCCUUAACCCAAAUGUUAAUGUAAUCAUCUUCAACAUACAUGUGAAGAAAGGCUUUGGCUGACACUCUGGACCUGAAUGCAGUCACAUCUGGGCCUGGGGGGGAUCCUUGUCUCAAAUCAUCUAAGUUGGUUCAAUCUCUAUAUGUUUACAACUGAGACAAAAUUUUUCCUGAGUAACUGAUGGACACCACAGCUCUCAGGAUGAAGUAAAAUCAGCUCAGCACUCAGAUUUGCAAAAGUGCAGGAGUGAUAGAAAUGCUGAACAGUUCUGGGAUGGUAAGAUAGCAAUUGGGAGUGGGUAAAACUAAUCCCAGUCUGGUCCAGUGUGGGUGUGCUAGUUUCCACCUCGUUUUCUGUUGUUUUCCUUUUCCUCACUAUUUUUCACGGUUGGGGUUUUGUCCAACCUAGUUUCCUUUGUGCCUUUAAAAUUCUUCUUGUAUGAGCUUGCUCCAAACAAUUUAUAUAAAGAGGAAUUUGACAAA